AUGGGGUCUCUUCCUAUCACCGGUAAACCAUUCUUCACCCAGCUCCAUUGCUUUUCAUCAAACAGAACCAUUUCUCUGAAUCAGAGACUCAAGGUCUCCGCCUCACGAUCACGAGAAGGAGACGAAGAACCCCCUAAGCUCGACAGCUACGACCUCAUGGAACUCAAGUUCGGUCGCUUACUCGGAGAGGACCCCAAACUCACCCUUGCCAAGAUAAUGGGAAGAAAGGCUAACCCUGAUGCUUCUUAUCUUGACAUUGAGAAAGCCUUUUAUAAGAGGCGUGGUAAAGUUGUGGAAGUGGAGGAAGUUCCCUUUGAAGGAGGGAAGCCAUCAAGGAAAUUGGAUGACCUUGGUUUGGUGCGUCCUGUUCCUGUUAAGGGGUUCCAAUUCAAAUCUGAUGAUAAAAAACCUGCAUUGGAGAUUAAGAAACCCGUCAGACCCGAAUAUACCAAAGGGAGUGCUGGGAAAAGCAGUGUUCCCAAUGUUAUUCUCCGAAAGCCGACCGUGUUUAAGGAGGAUGGCGAUGAGGGCACGCUGUCGGGGUUGAGAAUGAGGCCCAACCUGUCGCUGAAAAUGGGGGAUGAGCAAGUUAAGGAGAAGUUUAGUGACAUGACACUGUUGAGGAAGCCUGGGCCAAUGGUUCCCAAGAAUACCGAUGCCAUCCGAGAGCCUACUUCUAGUGUGGAUGACCAGGGGAAGGAUGAUGGUGAGUUGGAGAUGUGGAAUGAAGAGCCAGGUGGUGAAAUUGGUGGCUUUACAUUGUUGGAACGCCCGCACAAACCAACUGCGGAAAAAGAAGAAGAGAAGUUUCGAGAAGUGAAGGCCGUGGUACCAAAUGAUGAACUGGAGCAACAUGAGCAGAGAGAGCUGGAGUUCCAUGAGGAGCCUACUGAUUUGAGUCAAUUGUCUGAUUUAAAGUCAGUUGAUUCUAGUGUGGAGUUGUCUGUGGAAGCUUCGUUACAGGCAAAGCCAAAAAGAUUAGAUCAAUUUGUGAAACAAACCUCGAAAUUUGUUGGAGAAGAGGAUGCUUCCCUUAAUCUUGGAGAUAACACAAGCAAUGACAGCUUAGCGAAUGUUGCUGAUGAGUCAGAUUUCCAGGAAGGCGAAGAUGCUGAUUGGACCAGGGCAGAAGAUUUGAUUAAGACCAGAGAUAGAGAAUAUGUGGAACUAGUUAGCUGCAAUACCAAAGGUUUCAUUGUUUCUUUUGGUUCCUUGGUAGGAUUUCUGCCAUACCGUAAUCUUGCUUCCAAGUGGAAGUUCUUAGCUUUUGAGUCAUGGUUAAAACAGAAGGGCUUGGAUCCAUCAAAGUACAAGCAAAACUCAGGCACUAUUACAAGUUUUGAUGCUGAAAAUAAGAAUUUUUCUCCUGAUUCUCCUUCAUAUAGGGAGACUGAUGGUAAAGUUGAAGACAAAGUUUCACCAGAUAUGAAAUUGGAAGAUCUUCUAAGGAUUUAUGACCAAGAGAAAAUCAAGUUCUUAUCAUCAUUUAUUGGGCAGGUUUGGUAUUCAAAACAUAAAUGCACUGCCCAAAUAUAUUACUGA